AUGGACCCGUCUGGAUUAUCAUCGUGCCAGUUAGCCUGCUCAUACCCGGACUUGAGUGGCCAGUGCUCGCCACAGUACCCCCGGUAUCAGCCGUCGGCACCGGCGAUGCAGAUGCGGUCGCCGGCGGUGUCUUCAGCCCAGGCGAUGAUCACCGGCUCCCGGAUGACCAUCAAUAGUCACCAUCAGGUGGGCGCCACGCCGUCGGUGUUCCCAUCGUCCAUGGGUUUGCAGAGUCUGCCUUACAAGAUGUAUACGCCGGGACACGACGGUAUGCUGACGGAGAAGCGCAAACAGCGCCGGAUUAGGACCACCUUUACGUCGGCCCAACUCAAAGAGCUGGAGCGGGCCUUCCAGGAGACCCACUAUCCGGACAUUUAUACGCGCGAAGAGAUCGCUAUGAAGACCGACCUCACGGAAGCCCGGGUUCAGGUAUGGUUUCAGAACCGGAGGGCGAAGUUCCGAAAACAGGAGCGCCUGAACCAACAGAAAAGCGGAUCGGGAGGAGGCGGUGGCCAGUCGUCCAACUCGAGCACCAGUAGCCAACAGAAUGGGACGAAUACGAACAGCAACGGCAGCACUAAUAACGUGAGCGCCGGCGGUAAUAAUCAAUCGUCGAGUAGUAAUCUGGAAAGUGCUGGGAAUGGCAGUCAACAGCAUCAGCCCAACAGCAGCCAAAAGGCUGAUACGACCGCAUCAGCAGUCGCUCAACAGCUUCAUCAGCAAAACACACCGUCAGCUAAAGAGAUCAAAACUAAUCCCGAGAAGACAAUGAAUGGAAAGAUCAGUAGUCCUCACAGUCAGUCGCUGUCAUCGAUACCUCAGUCACCCAUACCUACGUCGAUACCGAAGUGGAUAACGCCGAGCCCUGUGGUCACGUCGAGCGCCCACCUAUCGUCGCAUAAGCUAUCGGCCGGCCUGGUAGCCAUGUCUCAUCAGGGUAUACCCACCUCAUGUCUAAGUACCAACUUCCUCAUGAGCGGCAAUCACCCAAACGGUGGUCACAUUCAUAGCGGAUAUUUGCCUCACGUGGACAGUAAGGCAAACAUAUCACCGCAAAUAUUUUGAAUUUGUGCCAACAUACACACACAAAUACACCCGGCUAACAUUUGUGUAAAUAGUAAUUAUAUAUACAGUAUAAUAUAUGGUAUAAAAAGUGUAUAAAUGAUCUAUAUAAUUUAUUCCAAUGAUUUUUGUUGUGUCCGAUAAGCUGCUGAAAACAAAGUGUAUAAAUAUUAUUGUAAAACAUUUUAGCGGUCGAGAGAAG